AUGGUUGCUGAUUCGAGGGCAAAGAUGAGUAAGUUUGUUUCAGGUAUGUCUGAAAUGGUGGUUAAAGAGUGCCAUACCACCAUGCUCAUCAAUGACAUGGACAUCUCUCGUCUCAUAUUUCAUGCCCAACAAAUCGAAGAGGAGAAACUUAAGGAAAGGUCUAGGGAAACAAAGAGGGCUAAAAUCGAUGAUGGUUCCUCCAAUUCUCCUUCUAAUUUCAACAAAGAGAGGGUGUCUAACCCUAAACAUCAAGGAGGGAAUGGUGGUGGAUCUUCAUUGCCUAGGUCUACUUGUGUUAAGUGUGGAAAGAAGCACGAGGGUAAGUGUCUAGCUGACACAAAUGGUUGCUUUAGUUGUGGUAAAAAUGGUCAUAAGAUGGGGUAUUUCCCAAUGCUUAUAGCUAAGGGAAGAGAGGGCAAGCAAGCUCCUCUUAGUGGUUCGAGUUCAAAUGCUCCCAAGAAAAACCAAUUCUAUUGCCCUCCAGACUUGUGGUGA